CUGAAAAUAGACUCGCCCUCUACGACAUGGCGGCUUACUUGAAGUAAUCGGGCCGGGCUGAAAAUAUGUCCGAAUAUGAACUCCGUAAACUCGAGCAGAUGCAAAGCACGACCGAGUGCAAGUGUAAUGGCACGCCAACCUAUGAACACAUUUAAUCAACAAACAGCUUCUAGAAGAGUCGUCCCACUCCUCAACUGGUAACUGCCAGUAGACUUAUCUUGGAACGGGGAUCUUGCGGUGAACACCAGACCUCAGGAUGGAGAUGGACUUUGAUCCCGAGUUUUACGAGGAUUAUGACGAGGCAGACUUGAUGCGGUACUUAGAAGAUGAGGAAUAUGGCCCUGAGUUGGCGGAACUGUUGGCUUCAUAUAAACAAGAGAUGGGAUCUGAUCCAGAAUACACCCGUGUGCCUUUCAUGGACCUGUACGAGAACUGCCUCCACCCAACCAUAACCCAGGCCGUCCAGAACUUGCUGACUCUCCUCAUCAUGUGCUUGUCUUUCAGAAUUGUGUGCCUUCUGGGUGCCAGGGGCUCUGGUGAACUUGGUGCUCCCCCUUGGUUCCUGCAUCUGUCCAGUGCCAUGUUUGGUAUCAUCGUCCUGCACAACUUCUUCAACAUCUCCCUCUUGUACCUCCUUGCUGGCUGCGCUGUUGCCUACAUCGCUCUGGUAGUCACCAGUGUCUAUUGGCGCCAUCUCUGUGGCGCCACUGUCUCCAUAGUGAUUGUUGUAUAUAUCAUAGUAUGUGAAUUCUUGAUAGAUAAUACCACCUGGCAUAUGAUACGAGGUGCUCAGAUGAUUCUGUCCAUGAAGAUUAUAUCGGUGUCGUUUGACCUUGGUAACGGUGCUGUUAUGUCUCUUCCAACUAUAUUUGAAUUCCUUGGCUACUGUCUGAAUGUUGGAACUGUGGUGUUUGGACCGUGGGUCAGCUACCAGGAUUAUGUGACAACAUUAGAACAGAGCACACAAACAAUAUCUCUCUCAUGGAUGUGGAAGGUGGUGUCCAGCGCAGUGCUCUCCCUUGUCUGUCUCAUCUACUCAACCUGUUUCACCCAGUGGUUCAUCCUCGACAGUGCUAACAAGUGGAUGAUAGCCUAUCGGGAUGCACAGUCCUUCCGCUUCAGCCACUACUUCGUCAGCUACAUCUCCGAGACAACGUCGACGCUGUCUGGUCUGGGUUCGACUGUUGUGGAGGACCAGGUUCUAUGGGAGAAGUCUGUGGCUCGGCCGUUGAGCAUGGAGCUGCCCAGAUCGCUGGUAGACGUAGUGCGGAACUGGAACCUCCCAAUGCAUUACUGGCUGAAAACAUAUGUAUUUAAAUCAGCGAGGUUAUACUAUGUGGGGUAAGGUUUUAUUGCUGUCCUGUUAUACUAUGUGAUAAGCAGUUUGUUGCAGGGCCUGAACUUCCAGUUAGCAGCAGUUUUACUUUCAUUAGGAUUUUAUACCUACACAGAAUAUGUUCUUAGAAAUAAAUUGUCCCGAAUAUUUAGUGCUUGCGUUCAGGCAAGACACUGCAAAGAAAACUGUGAGCAUACAUACAAACAAGACCACCCUCUAGUGCUACUCACCAACGUGUGUCUGGGUCUCGUCUCUGUCUUUCACCUUGCAUACCUGGGACUUAUGUUUGAUAGUAGUCCAGAAGAGGAAAAGGGAGACACAAUGACUCACACCCUACGGAAGUGGUCAGCCUUGGACUAUGCCAGCCACUGGACAGCGCUGGGGACCUUCGUCUUCUUCUGGAUGAUCUAACUCAGCAUCACAAAUCCUCCACAAGUCUGCUGGUUCUCUCAAGGACAGUCUGCCUCUGAUAGGUCAGGGCUGUGGCAUACUGGCUGUGCAGGUGUAUAAAUGUGUUAUUGCAGAGAAUGUUUCAUGUGUUACAAGCUAUAGCUGACCCUGAGGUACAAUUCAGUCUGGGACAGUGUACCAAUCAAAACACUCCCCUGAUAGGGGUAGUCAGGCUGUGCAGGUGUAUAAAUGUGUUAUUGCAGAGAAUGUUUCAUGUGUUACAAGCUAUAGCAGAGAUACAGUUCAGUCUGGGACAGUGUACCAAUCAAUACACUUCCCUGACAGGGGUAGUCAGGCUGUACAAGGUGUAUAAAUAACAAACUGCUGAGAAUGUUCAGUGAGUAAUUGGCUUGUGUAAUUGUGUAAAUUGUAUUUCUGUUCCAGCCAACUUAUCCUGGUAGAACUAAAUGUUGCUGAGAGAAUAUGAUCAGAACACCAUUAUUAGGUCUAUGCAUUGAUAAUGAUAGAUCACUGAUAACUGAUACUUGGCUGAUAACUGAUACUAGUUCAAUAACUGAUACUUGGCUGGUAACUGAUACUUGGCUGAUAACUGAUAUAUGGAUAGGUACUUCAUGGAAAGCAUUGUGGAUGUCUAGUAUGAAAUUCAGAGAUGCCAACCCAUACAAUUUUAUCGUAUUCGUAAUGAAAAAAUAACACAAAACACGUGACUAUGAUAGCACAAAAAAUAUACAUUGAAUCAAAUUAUCAAAUAGCAUACGUAACAUACACAAUAAAUUUCAACCACAUUUUAUUCAGUAUCAAGCCGUGCGUGGAUACUUAGUACUGAUUUAGGUGAGUACACUGUUAUUAACAAUCUCUUAGACUAUCAGUGUAUUUUUCAUUUAAAAGUUAAUACUAAUUUUUUAUCAGGCCUGUGGCCUCUUCAGUACUGAAUAAACGGACUGAUCAGUUUUUCGCCAAAAAUACUAAUUGGGCUAAAUUAGGGUUGGCAUAUCUGGGAAUCUGGCCAUGGAGUGUUGUGUGAUUUAGCAGUCCCGAGUUCCUAAUCAACUUGUAUAACAACAUGUACUGGGAUGUGAUAAAAGCAUCGAUGUAUUCUUACAUGUCUUUAGGUUUUGUCAGAAGUACAGAAAUGAAUUUCUGCCAAAAACAGUUUCCAUGUAGGACAAUAUUUUCAAAGUAGGAAAAUGCCACUGUGGAUAAAAAGCCCAAAGAAUGCAGAAUUGGUGCUGUUGUUUUCUCAUAUUGUCAUAAUACAGUGAUACUUGUUGUAAAAACUGGUUGACUUGUCCACCAAACAACAAAAACCCUCUCUCAUGAGGACAACAAUGCUGAUCUUUAACGACCAGGUUUGACAAAUAGCACAGGUAACAGAUAGGGUAAAUCAUAACGUAUAUUAUAAAUUCUGAUUAUACUCAUUUAGUAAGUACAGAUUCUGGUACAUUUUGGGUAUAUUGGGGGUUCUCUUUGUGUUAUCAGUGGUGAAUCUGUAAAGAAAUUAUGUGCUCAAUUUGAAGCUAUACAUUGAUGUCACAGAUCCUGAAAAGGUGCUAUCUUUUACACAUAUCGGACACCAUUGAAUCAAAUUAUUUUGACAAGAGUUCAUGUAUCUCACUGACCAACAAGGCGAGCGAUUUGGGACACAACAAAUACUUUGUACCAGUUGUCCAACAUGACACAUUUAGUCAUGCAGAGUUAUCUCCCAUGUGGCUUUUCCUCCCUGAUCAAACUGCUGUCGUUUCAUGUGUGUGCUUGUUUGUGUGGGGUCACUGUGAUGGUGCGUCUUCAGGAGUUGAUGUGUCUGAUCAGAUAUAUGUGUGGGGUUGAUGUGAAGUGUGUCUGAGUUGAUUUAGACAAUCAGAUGUUUAUUUAUGUCUGGCGUGGAGGAUGCUGUCAAGGGGCUGAUGUAACUUAUGUCCUAUACAGACACACUUUCAUGCCCUAUCGAAUCAAAGUAUCUGUGAAGUUGUUAGGGAAUCAGAUUCAAUUAUUGAAAAAGAUAACCUAUAUUUGAAGAGUUGUGUGAGGGACAUUUGCUAAUGAUUAGUGUUGGUGAAAUCAAACUGAAGAAAUAUGUGGUUGAUCAAAAGAUACAACUAGAACGUUUUUGAGAAACAUAUUUCCUGCUUUUGCAGUCUUUACAUUCAGAAUAUCCUGUUUACAUGUGUUGAUGGAAACAUGCUCUGAAUGCUUCAGUUGGUCGUACGAGGAAUUGAGAAGCUUCACCUGAGUGGUUGGAUCAGAUUUAAUAAACAAGGAACCUUAAAAAACUCUAUCAUUUAUACUGUGAACACAUUUUCUUAAUUGUCUCCCUGUUUGGUAUUAUAGUAGCAGCUGCAACAGCUGCAUGUGAUAUAUUGGUCUUCAGCCUUUUGGGAGCAAUUUUGUAUUGUGUAGUUUCAGAAGUGAUUUGUGUGUUAUAACCGCUGAUCAGUGGCCUCAAGAUACUCAUUUCUGUUGUGUAUUACUUGUGAUCUUCAAGAACAAUAUGGAUGACUUCUGUAAGUAGAUGUGUAAUAUCUUGAAUAAAUAUAUGUGAAUGAUA